AUGUCUGGCGGAAGCACCCCUUCCCACAAUGUGUCCAACUCGGAGGAGAAGCACUCGCGGCUAGAAAAUGGAGCAGAUUACAAACCUGACACGUCUCGUUCGAGAGAUGGAGCCAAAUCACCCUCCGGUUCUGUCGAUAAAGAUGUGGAGAUAGGCCCGACCGAUAACGACGAGGAACAACAACUGGGCAUUUUCCGAAAACUGACACGAUUGCUGCUACGCUGGGGGAUCGAAGUGCAUGGGAUUACCCCGACGACCGCGAGUCAAAGGACAGAUAAGCGCCUGUACCAAAUGUUUUUCAUUUGGUUUGCUGCCAACUUCAAUAUCCUUGGGUUUGGCACGGGAAGCGCAGGCCCUGCGUUCUUUGGACUUGGCUUAUGGCACUCUUUACUCAUCCUUGCACUUGUUGACGUCGCUGCCUGCACAGUUCCAGCCUACUUUGCUGUAUUUGGACCCAAGCUUGGGACGCGAGGCAUGGUGCAGUGCCGAUUUUCCUGGGGGUUAUAUGGAGCAGCAAUUCCGAGUCUCCUAAACAUUUUUUCGAGCCAAGGAUUUUUGAUCCUGAAUUCCAUCAUCGGCGGACAAGCGCUCGCUGCCGUAUCCUCCAAGCUAGACGCCACACUAGGCAUCGUCAUAAUCGGUGUCGCCUCUCUCGUCAUUACAUUCUUCGGCUACAAGUUCCUACACAUCUUCGAAAGCUACGCUUGGAUCCCAAAUGCAAUCGCCUUCCCCAUCCUUCUUGGACUUGGUGGGAAACACCUGAACCCAUUGACCUUUCCAGCGGUCGACCCACCGACUGCAGCAAGCGUGCUGUCUUUCACGUCCUUCGUCGCUUCGAGCGUGAUCAGCUGGUGCACUUUCACGCCUGAUUAUGGGGUGUAUCACGACCAUACGGCACCUACCUGGAAGACAUUUUCCUUCGUCUACUCCGGGUUUCUAACCGCAUCCAUAUCCUGGCAUAUGAUCGGCGCAGCCUUCGCCGCCGCCGCACCCGGUGUCGUAUCCUGGCAAGAAGGAUUCGACGGCGGUAACGACAUCGGAGGGCUCUUCGCCGCUGUGCUCGCGCCUGCGGGAGGGUUCGGCAAGUUUUUGCUUGUCCUGAUUGCUUUGAGCACCUCCUGUGCCUGUGCGCCGACGAUGUACACUUUCGGGAUGAGCUUCAUGGCUGUGGCACCUUUCUUUGCAAGGAUACCGCGAUAUGUCUUCGCCGUCGUAUCAGCAGCCAUUCUUAUUCCUCUGGCCAUCAUCGGCGCGAAGACCUUCUACACUACUCUCGUCAAUGUUCUCAGCAUCAUAGGCUACUGGUCAACUGCCUUCGCUGCUAUAAUUCUAACAGAACACUUCCUAGUCCGAAAGAAGUGGUCUGCCUACAACGUUUCUGAGGCAUGGGAUAAAGCCCACCUCCUUCCACCAGGCGUUGCAGCGAUCUUAGCCUUCAUCGGGGCGUUUGGCAUCAUCGUCCCUUCUAUGUCGCAGAGCUUCUAUACUGGCCCGAUCGCAAAGACUGGUACGGGUGAUAUUGGCGUAUUUACAGGCGGUAGUGUUGCUGUGGGGUUGUACGCGGUGCUACGGACUGUCGAGAAGCGGAUAGUAGGCAGAUGA